UGAAAGGGAAAUCCCCGAAAAUUAAAAAAAGAAAAAAGAGAAGAUCGCUCUUCUCUCUCUCCCUCUGGAAAACUCAGAUUUUUGGGGCACAGUGGGGAGUUGAAAUCACACACACAGAGGAAACUAAUUCUUCGCUGACACUCCAAUCUCCGCUUACUCUCUCUCAUCACUCUCCGCAUUGUCCUCCGAAGAGUCUCACAUGGACUUCGAUUUCCACUAGCAUUCCUCUCUCCAUUCCUGAACUCACAUCUCUCUGUGAAGAUUCCGAUCGGCAAUGGCUUCGAAGCGGGGACCGCCCAGCGCCGGCGUCCACAGGCCGCGAGGCGGUGGCAGAUCUCGGUUCCCUCUCGCCAUUGCUGUUCUAUUCUCGCUGCUUCUCGCGCCCUUGAUUUUCUUCGUCGGCCGUGGCUUCUACACCUCUUCUCAUGAUAAUGAUUUACCUGGCCCUGGGAAACAGGGUGCGGCUUGGAGAGAGAGGCUGGCAAUGCAACAUAUAAAAUCUAUUUUCUCAAAAGAGGUCAUUGAUGUAAUCAUAGCCAGCACAAAUGACAUGGGACCUUAUAGCCUUGAUUCUUUUAGAAAAAAUAAUUUGUCAGCUUCAUGGAAAGUUGUUGGGGUGGAUUCUUCUGUUAUUACUAAUUCUGAGAUGAACCAAACAACUCCAGAUGUUAGACAAGAAACACCUAAAGUCAGAGGGAAUGACGCUUCAGAUGAUCACAGUCAAAUGGACUCACCUGCAAAACUAGCCCGAAGGCAAUUGAGAGAGAAGAGACGCGAAAAGCGGGCAUCCGACUUGGUACAACAGGAUGACGAGGCAAUUUUAAAACUUGAAAACGCAGCCAUUGAGCGAUCCAAAUCUGUUGACACUGCUGUUCUUGGAAAAUACAGCAUUUGGAGGAAAGAGAAUGAGAACGAGAAUUCUGAUUCUACUGUACGCUUGAUGCGGGACCAAAUAAUAAUGGCAAGAGUUUAUUUAAGUAUUGCAAAGAUGAAGGGCAAGCUCGACUUGUUUCAAGAACUACAGACUCACCUCAAAGAGAGCCAGCGUGCCUUAGGAGAGGCUAGUGCUGAUGCUGAUUUACAUCAAAGUGCACCUCAAAGAUUAAGGGCUAUGGGCCACCUUCUAUCGAAAGCAAGAGAGCAACUGUAUGAUUGUAAAUUGGUGACGGGGAAGCUUAGAGCAAUGCUUCAAUCUGCAGAUGAACAAGUUAGGAGCUUGAAAAAGCAGAGCACAUUCCUGAGUCAGUUAGCUGCUAAGACAAUUCCAAAUGGCAUCCACUGUUUGUCUAUGCGCCUAACCAUUGAUUACUAUCUCCUUCCUCCUGAGAAAAGAAAGUUCCCUAGAAGGGAGAAUUUAGAAAAUCCAAAUCUGUACCACUAUGCACUUUUCUCAGACAAUGUCUUGGCUGCAUCGGUUGUUGUCAACUCAACUGUGAUGAAUGCGAAGGAUCCUUCAAAACACGUAUUCCAUCUUGUUACCGAUAAACUCAAUUUUGGAGCUAUGAACAUGUGGUUUCUUUCGAAUCCUCCUGGAAAAGCCACCAUUCAUGUUGAAAAUGUUGAUGAAUUUAAGUGGCUGAACUCAUCAUACUGCCCAGUUCUACGGCAGCUUGAAUCUGCUGCGAUGAAAGAGUAUUAUUUUAAGGCUGGCCAUCCCACAACACUUGCAUCUGGUGCUUCAAAUCUCAAGUACAGGAACCCGAAGUAUCUCUCUAUGCUUAACCAUCUGAGGUUUUAUCUCCCACAGGUUUAUCCCAAGUUGGAUAAGAUCCUGUUUCUUGAUGAUGACAUUGUUGUCCACAAAGACCUGACUGGGUUGUGGUCUGUAGAUCUUCAUGGAAAAGUAAAUGGUGCUGUGGAAACCUGUGGUGAGAGCUUCCACCGAUUUGACAAGUACUUAAACUUCACGAAUCCUCAUAUUGCAAGAAACUUCGAUCCAAAUGCAUGUGGAUGGGCGUACGGGAUGAACAUCUUUGAUCUCAAGGAGUGGAAAAAAAAGGAUAUCACUGGCAUAUAUCACAAGUGGCAGAACAUGAACGAAGAUAGGGCACUUUGGAAGCUCGGAACAUUACCACCAGGGCUUAUCACAUUCUACGGCUUGACACAUCCACUUGCAAAGUCAUGGCACGUUCUUGGUUUGGGUUACAAUCCAAGUGUUGAUCGGUCAGAGAUUGACAAUGCAGCAGUGAUACACUACAAUGGUAACAUGAAACCAUGGCUGGAGUUGGCAAUGACAAAGUAUCGACCAUACUGGACCAAGUACAUUAAGUAUGAUCAUCCCUACCUUCGCAACUGCAAGCUAAGUGAAUGAAAUAAAUAAGCCUUUAAUGGCGCUCAUCAUAAUAUGGUAAAAUGCUCUAUUUUUCUCUCUCACUCGGCAUCUCAAGCCAUAUUAUAGGCACUCUAGUUUGUUUGAGGAGAAGGUAUGAUGGGUUUCACUUACUGUAUGUUUUCAUUUUCCCCCAAUUUUUCCUUCUUUUCUCCACAUUGUUUAUUCUUCUUUGUGAUUCAUUCGAUUUGUUAGUACUACUCACCCAUUAGGACAAGGUAACUACAGAUUCUUUGCCUUGUUGACCUGUAAAAGCUCAAAAAGCUAUUUGGUUUCGGACACUUGGUAAUAUGAAUUGAUAUCAGUUGCCAUAUUCUUUGAA